GUCGUUAGUCUAUUUUCACGCUUUACGCAAAGGGCGACUUCAUGCAUGGGUUGAUGUUUAAUCGCUCACUGUGGUGCGUAAAAGGCGCGUCCUCGUCCUUGCGGGCUAUCACGUUAUCGCUAUAUCCUUAGGGGAGGUAAAUAAAAGGUUUUGCCAAAGCACAGCGGUGAUGCAAAGCCUGGUAGGUGACUGCUCUCACCAGCAGCACAGAGCUUUUUUGACACGGACCUACACGCUGGUCGGACUAGCGCUGAGUCCCGCGCUCUUGGCUGUAUGUUGGACUUAUUGGAUUUGACUGGUGCCUUUAACUUGAGCCGCGAAGCUUGUGCAAAUCUUUAAUUCUUUCACAAUGUUUUUAAAAGAUGCGGCACCUGUUUGCGAAUGUUGCAGAAAACGGGUAGAGGACUGCUUGCCUUGCUGUUGAUAGUGUUGGAGUGGACCCGGCCAGGCCUACCGUCCCCACUGAGGCCAAUCUGUGACCUGAGGGUCCUGAACCAUUUCAUUAAAGAAGCACGAGACGCAGAAGUCGCUAUGAAGUCAUGUAGAGACGGAUGCAGCCUGUCAGAUUCUGUCACUGUUCCUCAAACCAGAGUCGACUUUGAUGUCUGGGAGAAGAAAAAUGCACUGGAGCAAGCCCAGGAGGUGCAGGCUGGCUUAUGGCUUUUACAACAGGCCCUCAGCUUGCUACGGUCCUCGGCCACCAACACAGCACUGCACAGUCACAUAGAUAACUCCAUUAGAAACCUGCACAGCAUCAAUGCGGUGCUGCGUAGUCUCAACAUCCAGGAAUAUACCCCACCAGGAAGUGCGGCUGGCCUUGAGGGAACAUGGACGGUGUCCUCAGCAGCAGAUUUGCUUCAAGUCUAUGUCAAUUUCUUGCGAGGCAAAGUGCGCCUCCUCCUUUCGGAUGCACAGGCUUGUCAGCAAGAUGUCAGCUGAUCGGCUGAUCUCCCUACUCCAGGCAAAGCUAAUUUGUGUUUCCAAAGGCAAGAAGAGGGACUUGACACUGUUGACCUGCACCCUGACUGGUGGAAGCGGUGUGGAAAGAAAGAUACAGCCAUCCUCACAUACGCGGAGGAAGCUGAAAGGAAAGGACAGUCCGAGCUUGGCUGUGGAUGGACAGGAGAUGAUUGCACCUUGGAGUGUAGAUGUGACACUUGGACAUGGUGAAGCACACACUGACCAAAAUGAGGCCCUUGGGAAGCACUGCUCCAAAAGCUGUUCUACUGGCACUCUCUUGCACUUUGUGUGUGGAUGUACUUUUGUUUGUGUGAGUUUGUGUGACUGCAAGUUUAAAUCUGCAUGUCGUGUGCAUGUCGUGUGCAUGUGUUUGUUUCCAGUGAGUUUGACCCCUAAACUCAUCUCUCUAACCCUAACCCAGAAAAUAUCGAUUUCAUCUGGAAAUUGGAGGAAUGUGAGGUUGCAACAGGGUAUUCAUUUCGAAUACUACUGCGACAAGUCAAAAAUGAAAGAGGCCUCAUGCCUUUAACAUUUUCCAACUAUGCCUCACAGAAACAUUAGUCUCAUUGGUUUUUUUAUUCUAAUAUAUUUUUAAAAGUUAUGUAAUUACUAUUUAUACAGAUUUUCUACUUUAAAGCUCAAGUCUUUGUUUUUUUUAGCGUUGGAUCUUUAAGAUUUUAGUUGGGCUUUUCUUGCCAUGUUCUCAUUGAAUACAUUUGCAAAGGUGUUUGUUAACAUCAUUUGCAAUGGCACGCUGCUGACUUCCUUUUUUUUUUUUUUUUUUUUUUUUAAAGACUGUAUGUACCUGAUUAGCUGUUACAGUGUCACACUGCUCCAUGUCCCAUCCAUAUAACAGAACAAAUGUAUAAAAAGUUGAUGCAGAGGUUACAUGAGAACUGUGAAGCUGUUUUGUCAUUAUCUGUGUUUUUGUUGCUGCCUAACCAACACUCAACCAGUCUCUACACACUGAUAGCUAGACUGUCUGGAAAAAUGAUGUUUGGCUUUUACAAUUAACAUCCUGUGAGGCUGUAAUUGCAAAUAGUUUUCCAGAAUCAGACACUGUCUCCUCCCUCCCUCUAUUGUUCGUCAUCAAACGGCAGACAGGCAAUCAGUCAGUCCUGGGAACUUGAGGCUUUCUAUAAAAUGGAAGCUCAACUAUUUCAGAUUAGUUAAAUGUUCUUCCUUGUUUUUUUCCGUAUUUUUAUAUCUUGUUGUGUAAGUGCAAGAUGUUUUUAAGGAUGUUUGUACAUGUUUUCUUUCCUGUUGUUUUUGUGUUUUGUCCCAUCACUGUAUAAUUUGCUAUUUAAAUACAAAAUAUUAUUCUUGGAUAAAGAAAGGAUAGAUGGAAACACAACAAGGGGAAGUCUGUCCACUUCAUUCAUUACCUUUGUCUUGGUCAGGUCAGUGGAGUUAACAAUCAAGCAAUGAUGGUUCAGAUGCUGAACACAACUCAUUU